AUGAAAUGCAUUAAAUAUGAACAAAUAUUCUUGGUUGUAUCAGGCAAGCUUGGUAAAUUCGUUACUCAAUUCCUACACACACUACCUCAGUUGGCAUGGAUAUACAUUUUUUGCUUAAACAUACUUGAGAAUGAGGAAUGGUCAAAGAACUAUUCAAAAAUACGUGGCGUUUAUGCUGACCGGAGUUCUUUGUUGACAAAAUUAGCUCGAGAUGUUGAACAAGGCUAUAUAAACCUUCCAUCAACAGCUAUAUUUUCAACGCCGAACAGUAAUAUUGAAACAUCAAUUGAAAAUUUAAAUAAAUGCAACGGACGUUUUAUAUUUUAUCAGUUAUUACCUGAAGUAAUGCUCCGUACUCGUACACGAAAUGUCAAAGACGCCAAAGAUGAUUUUGUUGUAUUGGCGCGUUUCUGCUACAAGGACGAAAAGAAACAAUUAGACACGAUUCAUGAAUUUGAGGAGACAUAUGAAUCAGCACAGGCCAUUAAUUGGUACACGAAAAAUAGUUUUGUUUAUCGUAUUGUCAAUAAAGCGAUUCGUGUGGCCAACUUCAAUACUCUGUGGAAAUGUCGAUUUUUCAUUGCCGAUCUUCAUGAACAGUUACAAGCAAUACAAUUUAAUGAAGGAAGAAAUGAGCUAAUCACAGUUUAUCGUGGUCAAAUGAUAUCGAAGGAUGAGUUAAACUAUAUCAACAACCAUAUUGGGUCCUAUAUUAUGUUCAAGACAUUUAUUUCUACCACAGCUUCACGGGAAGUAGCUGAAAGAUUUGCUGGAAAUGGUGAAGACAGACCACUGAAAGAAUCAGUUCUAUUCGAAAUGAAAAUUGAUGGAAAGUACACAGCAAAUCCUCUGAGUCCUGUUGGUACGUAUACACAAUUUCCAGAUGAAGAAGAAACGUUAUUGUCAAUGGGUAACGCUUUUCGAAUAGAAUCAGUUCAAAUAACAGGUAACUGUCUAUGGACUAUUCGGCUGGAAAUAGUGAGCAAUGUCCUAAAUUCCCCAAUAGUGUUUCUACGAAAGUACAUGGGCGAACCGACCACCUUGCUCCAGUUAAAAAAAUUCGUUUUAGAACCUGGCUUCUAUUUUAUUAACGAUGACUCUAGCAAGGUGGAACAGCUGAUCAGCACGCUCGAUUUAAGAUCAUUUGAUAAGGCUUGCUUCCAUGUUACUAUUGGUCAUUUUCAAUUGAAUUAUGAACAAAAAUUGCUGUAUUAUCAUAAGGCCAUUAAUUCACUUCAACAAGGCCACCCGUUAAUUCCGUUGAUGCUAAACAGUAUUGCAGCUAUUUAUUAUCGCAACUCUAAUUAUGAUGUUGCACUUACUUAUUAUGAAAUGGCUUAUGCAACUAAUGAGAGAUCACUUUUAUCAAGUGAUAAAUUAAUACAAAUGAUUGGAAAUCUGCAAAAGCCACCAAAUGAGUUUUUAAAAUUUAAAAAUUAUGAACUGCGUUCGGCAGCUUUGAAUCAUUUAUCAUCUGGUGAAGAAAUUACUAUCUCUACUACAGGUCAUAACGAUUCCUGCAAUCAGUUCUGUAUACCUCGUUGUUGGAAAUUUCACUUAGGGCUUCAAUUAGAAGAACAGCUGAUAGCCUAUGCGCGAAUCACUGAUUCGUCCUCGGAAAAGGAGAAGAAUCGUGAGAAUGUCUGUAAACUAUUUAAACAGAUUGCUGAUUUAUAUGCACAAGAAGAGAAUUAUACAACAGCCAUAACCACUCUUCAGAGAUUGAUCCACUUCAUGGGCCCACCAACAGAAUCGCCGCAUCCAACAACGAUACAGACCACAGCAACCAUACCACCAUCUACGCGAAUUCCUAUAAAAGACGAAAAAAUGUUACAUGCUUCGUCUAACACUAUAGGAAGUUAUGUGACAAUGAAGGAUUCUAGUGAGUAUUAUCUCUCCUUGAGCUGA